GAAGAUACAAUACUCGCAAAUCCCUAAAAGCAUGACGUUUGUUUUUACAAGCGGGCAAAGACACACUGCUCAAAUCAAAAAUAAAAGCAUCUUAGUUUCUCACGCGCACGUGACCCGGAAAACUGACCGCUUUCUGCCGCAGGUCGCUGUAGAUCUUCUGUCCUGGACCGAGAGCUGCAUCCAUUUCCCGCAUGGUUUGUUGAUUUGCGCUGAAAGCCCCGGCCUGCAGUCCUCCUCAUGCCUGACUUCAUCCAAAUCUAGAGGACCCUGGACCACCAGGUCCAGCCUGUGCCACACUGAUCCCUCUUUCCAUUUUGCCUGGCCACCCUCUCUGUUUCUCUGCUCGGCUGAGCGGCAGACACACACACAGGACUGCGGCAGCAUCCCCCACCACCAGCAGCAACUGGGUGAGUUUGCUUUUUUCCUUUCAUCUCACCUCACCACUCCUCCUAAUCCUCCCCUUUAUCAUCUCAGUCAGAUUUUGUCCCGUCGACCUGACGAAUGAGCUUUCCCUCUGUAAAGUCAAAGCUGAGUGAUUGACAGAUGCUGGCCUCGCACGCAGUGUGCGUUAGCUCAUCUCAUUGCCUCAGAGGGUGUGAGGGGUGGAAAAGCUUUGAGAUUUUUUGGUAUGUGGGGAGAUUUUUAUCAGCGUGAGACCCCGAUGGCCCAUUUUUGAUCUCUGCUGUUGUCCUCGUGUGACUGUACGGCGCACGAUUUGGAAGAUUUUAAGUGGAGAGAAAUCUGCUGAGUGUGAGCCGUUUCCCUGAACAUCAUGUGUAAAUGGCCGUACGUCUGAGCGUGCAUGGCCGUGCAGUGUUUACAGCACCUGCAUAGAUGCUCACAAUAGGAUUAUACAUUAUACGGUCAGAUUGGGUGUUGCAGGCUUCAUGCAUGACGGGGUCAGAUGUUCAAAAUGCAUUAGCAUUUGACUCAUGAGCUGAAUACCGACUGUGCAUCGACUCAUAUAAAAGUGGACGUGGUGGCAGCAGCACAAAGCCAGGAAGAGAGGAAGCUCUUACUAAUGCUCAGCCCUGGAAGCAGCUCUUGAGCAAGUGAAUCCCCUGCUGGAUGCUGCAUAGGAAAGGCCAGACGUAAAGCAACCUGUACCUCUCUCAUUCCCUGAGACCCUAACUUGUGACGUUUUGCUCUGAUGUGCACGGGUUGGGUUCUUGGGAGCUGCGAGGGGCACUCACACAUCUCUCAUCCCCCAAAAAUGCAAACAAAAAUGCUUAGCAUUAUAGAAAAGGCACAAGGGUUUGUUUAAUUUCAAAAUGAUGCACAACAGUAUCCGUUUUUUGGUUCGAUCCAGGGAGUGUAUGAUCGAGGUUACACCCACAGUGAGUAAUGUCGCACACAAACUCAGUCAGACAGUAUUGUAGUGAGCAGUGAUGCCUCUGCAGAAGCAUGUCUGGAAUACACUCUUCAGCUGACGGCGCCAAAUCACAUCUCAGAAUAAAAGAAUGACAGCUGGUGCUUUAGUAUCUGCCAUCUCCCUGAUUAAAAAAAAAAAAGUCUCUCAACAGAUCUUCAGGCUUUAUCUUGAGAGCAGCACAAAGUACUGGUUAGAGCGUGACACUGACAGCUCAGUACACUUGUGUUUGACCUCAUCAAAUAAACAUCUUUCCUGUUUAUCAAGUACUUCUGUUACCUUUAGAUCGAAGCUGCUGUAUUCGUGGGGGCAGUUCUGUGGGCUUUAAUGGAUGCGGUGGAAGUUUUUGAUGCAGCCCCGCAUGCGGGGUCAUGUCAGGUCUUCAUCGACAAGGUACCACUAUGGAGCUCUGCCAUAAUCACAAGAGCUCUGCAAGCACCCCCGCUGAAAAGUGCAUGGAGACAAACGUCUGCCUCUUUCACUGCCUGGUGGCCUGUGAUCACAGUGACAAACAGCUUCAUUCCCGUCUCACUGUCUCCUCCUUUGGCUUCAUCUUCUCUCAUCUUUUCAGGGAACAGCUGUUUGACGUCCUCGUUCUUUUAUUAGCUUCCAUGGAAUGUGAUUGUCUGAUUCCAGAACAGGUUCUUUUACACUUUGAUUUACAGACUUUUUGAGCAUCGCUGGAUAUAAAUUCACCUUCCUUAUUUGGAAUUUAAAUAUAUAAAAUCAAAACACUCCAAAAGCAUGACCUUAACUCACUUAAACCCGGUUAUGUUUAUUACAUAAAAUGAAUUGAAAUAAUGUUCCAUAAGCCAAAUUGUAAGUAUUUCCUAAAGAUGUAAUUCAUUCUAUUUUUGACAUCUUCUGGAAAACUACGAGUAGAAAACGCCAUUCCUAAAUCAAAUUCUAGGAUUUCUUAAUUAUACGUGACCUAACAUGCAAAUGCAGUGUUAUUAGAUUCAGCUUUUUUCUUUAGGCCUUGCAGGUGUUUGCUACAACCAAUGGAAAAAGGCAAUCAAGGGAAAAAAGAAGAAGAAAAUAAAAAGUGAUACUUAAAUAAAAACAUAAUUCCGACCUCUCAUUUACUGUCAGGUAUGUACUCACAUCAGCGGAGGGGGGAAUGACUGAUAUAAAAGAAAACCAAAUAUUAUCAUCGAAUAGCAAGCUGUGUGCAGCGGGACAAGAAAAGCAGGAAAAAAGACUAAUAUUUGUAUUUUGUGUAAGUGUUGGAAGAACUCAGAGUAGAUCAGUGUGUUCCAGUUCAGUCUUGAUGAUUUCACCAAUCAAAAAUUAAAAAGAUGCUUUUCUUUUUGAAUCAUUCUUUAUGCACAUGAUCAGAAAUGUAAUCAUAAAAUGCUAUUUUUCAUCAAUUUAGUAAACCAAGUCUUAAAGCAGACUUAAUGCAUUUGAUUGCUGGUACUAAGUGACUCCUAACCCCAUUUUUUAUGGCUGACUUUAACAUUCUAAAUCACAUCUCUAGUUAUUGCUUCACUAAUAGGGAUUUAGUGCAUUGAUUAAUGCAGGAUAUUGGAAUAAUUCCAUAAUUUAUGGUAUGUGGAUUACUUACACUUAAUUACCACUUAAAAGAUCAAUUAAAGAAUGGAACAAUAAUUCUCUGAGCUCACCAAUUAUUAACAAAUUAGUUCCUUUUUUGUCACCAAUUAGUUUUGCAUCCAUGCUUCUUUUUAAGAGAAAAGGCCUGCAGCUUUUUUGAAUAUUAGGACUGCACUAAUUUAACUUAAAAAUAUUACAAAAAUUAAACAUUUGUAAUCAUGACUAAAAACUUUUAUGAAAGUUCUCCUCAUUUGGAUUGGCAUAAACAUCUAACAGUGAUGGUUUUAUUUUCAAUUAUUUUAUUCUUUAGGCAGUUUUUUUUCUUUUUUUUGUCUUUAUUUUUAUGAUUGGAUAUUUCACACUAGUUUUUGUGUUCCACGUUUUUGUGGUGGUGUAUUGUUUCCCUCCUGUUACUGGUCACACCUGGUUUCUCUUCCAAUGAACUCAGCUGCUGCGUCUCGCUUUGAUUAGCCGUCAGUGCAAACAUGGCUCUCGUUUCCGCCUUCCGCUGCCAAAUCCUCAUCAUGCGUUAGUCACACGUAAUACCUCCGGUCUUAGUUUGUGCUCAGUUUCAGUGCUCGUUUUUUUGAGUUUGGGUAGUUUUGUUCAUAUUUGCCCAUAUCUGCUCCCAUAAUGAGUCUCACAAGAGCUUCCAAUUAGGAAACAUUUAUAAAUAGUUUUAUUCCCUGCUGCUUUCAUGUAUAUAAAACAUGGUUAUACUGUUUCCUGUGACUUUAAAAAUGAACACCAAAGAGGUGAAUGCAUAACAGCCCAGCAGGCAGCAUUAUCCCCAUCCAGCCCUUUCCAAUUCUAAUUCUGCAAAUGGUAAUAAUAAUAUUAAUGUGGAAUUAUUUUUUUUUCUAAAAAGUAAGUAAUUUAAUCGAAUAGAUUAUUAAAAUCACAACAUAAACUAAUAGUUAAAGGCAAUUAUUAAUUCUAGUGUUAUUAUCUUUAAUAAGUACCUGGUUGCUUAUUACAUUUUGAUGAGUUCAUUAUAUCUUUUUUCCAGAAAUGAUAUGAUUGUCUCUAGUGUUAAGGUGUUUCUGGUGAUGUAUGACCUUACAUCCCUCUGUGGCUCCAAAUGUUCCUUCACCUGUUGUUUUUAAAGCCCUCCCCAUGACCUCACUUAAACUGUCCUGAGAUAAACUCUGACCUCUCUUGUCCUUCAGUGUUUCUCUUCAGCUCCUUCCUGCUCAGCCGCUGCUGUUGCUCCAGCAGCAGGAGCAGGUGUACCUACCUCCUGUGCAGCCCCUCCUCCCCUCUUUCCUGCUCCCUUAUCUCUGCAGUACGGCAGCUCUGUCUGGGAGGCAGCCAUUCCAUUGUUCUCGCACCCCCUUCACCUAUCGGCGCUCGUGGGGCUGCUGGCGUCGUUCUAACUCGCUCCACCCUGUGGAAGGGACUGGCUCCAAAUCACUCUGACACUUGGCACUUUGGCGUCCUGGGCAGGUUACACUUGUGGCUUUGUGUGCCAUUUGUCCAUAGACAAAGCUCGCUACACUCUCUGCUGCAGACCGCCGCCAUCUUGUUACUGCCUGCGCUGCCAGUCUGCCCGCCUCUGCUGCACUCAAACCACCUCACCCAGCGUUUUACACUCAUUCUUCCUCUUGUCUUCUGCACAACUUUGUCACCAUCCUUUGCUGCACAAGAGCCAACGGUCACACUUGCAAAUUUGAAGUGAAAGCUGCAGACCAGCCCGUCAAGAUCUCACAACAAAUUUCUACUUUUGUGUUGAGCGGUGGCGGUUGGGUACUGCGUGUGCAGCUCCAAUUCACUCGAGCUGACUGAGUUAAUGAAAUCUUGCACAAAUGUCCAGAUCUUAGACUUGAAUACACAGAACAAACCAUGACACAACAGAAUUAAAUUAGAAUUUCCCUUUUAAAGUGGUGUAUUAAACAAAUAUUCCCCAUCCUCUGUCUCUGCAGGGGUUCAAAUGAUGAGGCUCAUGUUUACUGUAUGAGCACAAAUACACUGUAAGAAGCUCUUCUUAGAAUAAACUGUGCUUAACUCACAGCUUUUAUGGUUUCUACCAAUAAUUAACUGGUAAAACUCUUAUCGCUAUCGAUGGUGCAUUUAGACCAAAUGGGAAAUUAGUCUGAAAAUCUUCUUUAAAUAAGCAAAAAAGUAGGACAUUUAUUUUGUUUUUCUAUCUAAAGAUAAAAAAAUAACAAGUAAUGUGUGGAAAGAACAUUAAAAUUAACUAUUGUUCUCCCAAUUAAGCAAAUCUCCUGAAUCCUAUUAGACGGUUGUGAGUAACAACGGUUUCUCCGGUUGCGUUAACAAAUUUGCCAAUUAGUGCUUGGGAUGGCUUUAACUGACUUGCUAAAUAAGAGCCGGGCUGUGCAGCUUGGUUUUUUGUUUAAGAAGAAAGUUAAAAUAGUAUCUGAUGUGUUCAUCUUGACUAUUUCCCCUCAAAGUUUCAUAAUAUCAUGCGGAUAAAGCCAGUCCCCCUUUUGCCAAUUUCUAACCUGCUUGGUCCAAUGGAUUUGUUGUAUAUUUGUAAUAAAACUGCUUUUUUUAUGUUUUUUUGUUGUUUUUCGUGGUUGAACCAGUUUCCUUGGUCAAGUUUGAUUUCAGAUUAUUCCUGUUAUAUAUUGAGUUGUUGUAAAUUUUUGCAGUUAUUUCCAGAGAAAAUUGGAAUUGAUCCAUUUCGACAGUAAAUAAUGACAUGGUUAAACAAAUUCCUAAUUUCAUAAUAAAUCAAGUAGAACAUAAUUCAGAAAAUGCAGUUCUUCUCUUUCUAAAUAUAUUUCACAUUAAUGUUCUUGUAAGUUUAAUAAAUCCCCUAGAGCAGAAAAUUAUAAUUGUGGACGUGAAAAAAGUUAAAAUAUUUCCUUUUUAAAAAAAAAAAAAAAAUGUAUAUAUUUUUUUGUUAUGGUAUACAUUGUUUUACGUAUUUAAGGCUUGACUUUCUUCUUCUUUUCCCAACCCAAUUAUCUUAUCUGAUUCCUGAUUUACUGCAUUUGAGUUGUGGAGACGAUUUCUUAACUUUACUUUGUCCCACCUUAUUGGCAUUUUUCAGUACAUUGUUGGGUUGAGCAGAGUUAACUACAGUCAAUGAGUCCAUCCCACCUCUGGUAACUUUUUCACCAUUCAGAAUCCUGUGAAUGCUUUAGAGAUUAUACUGUAUGUCUAUGGCAGGAAUCUGCAACCUGAAGCUCCUGAGGUCCAUGAAGCUCUCUAUCUUCAUUGUGGCUCUUUGGUUUAAAAAAAUGCAAACAAUUUGACUAAAUAAUGAGUUUUGUAGUUGUGAUUAAUUUGUUUUGGUUAAUUGAUAUUUGUCAUUUAUUUUUAAAACUGUAAAAUGCCAGAAAAAAGUUUGUCAGUGUUUUUUUUUUUUAUUUGAAUAAAAGUUUAAAGCAUAUAUUCUUAUAUUUUGUUGCACAGAGGCUAAAUGAUUUUAAUUACAUGUGUAGAUUUCUUUAGGAAUUCUAUGCCAACGCUAUCAUGUUAAUAUUGAAGGAAAAUAAAAGAU